AUGUUCAGUAAGCUGUUUGUGGUGGGCCUUCUGGCCACGGCCUGCCUGGCCGCCGAGGAGAAGAAGGCGACUGAGGACCUGAAGACGGACAGCUCGUCCACCAGCUUCUCCCACAGCAGCCUCGGCUCGGUGCACCACUCGUCGGGCCCCUCGUACCACGCCGAGCCGGCCUACUCGCCCAGCUCCUCCUACCACGGCGCCGCCCCCAGCUACGCCCCCGUCUCGCCCUACCACAGCCCGGCUAGCUACGCCUCGGAGGGGUACGCCGCGCCCCAUCAGAGCAGCUAUCGCCCGAGCUACCAGCCCGUGCAGACGUACCACCAGUCGGCCUACGCAUCGGCUCGCCCCAGCUACGGCUCCGGCUACGCCCCUGCCGCCGGCUACGGCCACGCCGCCGGCUACCAGGGCGUGACCUACGCCGGUCACGACCAGGGUUACGGCCACGGCAACGCGUACAGCCCCCGUCCGCACGCCGCGGGCUACUCGUACCAGCCCCGCAGCUACGGCUACCAGCAGAGCGGCCACGGCUACCAGCCGGCCGGCUACGACCGCACGCCUUACGGCGGACACGGAGGCUACACUGCCCCGGCCUACGGUCAGUCGGGGCUCAGUUGA